CAGAGCGCGCAGUGCAGCGAUCGGCGGUGCGCUGUGUCCCUCGGACACAGCAGAUCACCGAUCCACAGAAAGAGCCCAAGAUGUCGGCUCGGUCAUGUGAUCAGCUGUGUCCAAUCACAGCUGAUCACUGAUCAUCAAAGCACUGAUGAUCAGUGUGCCCUGAUGAUCAGUGUAGCCCCAGCAGUGCCACCUGUCAGUGUCCAUCAUUGCCAGCUGUCAGUGCUCAUCAGUGCCACGUGCCAGUGCCCAUCAGUACCACACAUCAGUGCCUACCAGUGCACAGCAAUGCCACAUCAGUGCCCAUCUGAGCUGCCUUUCAGUGUCACCCAUCAGCGCCAGUCAGUGCCACCUAUCAGUGCUGCCAAUCAGUGCUGCAUAUCAGUGCCAGUCAGUGCCACCUAUCAGUGCCAGUCAGUG